AUGGAUGCUUGUGAUUCUGAUGCGAUGCAGAAGAACAUACUAGAUCCUCGAGGAACUGUUGUAAACCGCUGGAACAAAUGUUUCUUAGUUGCUUGCCUUAUUUCCCUUUUCGUCGAUCCCCUAUUUUUCUAUUUGCCAGAGGUGAAAGAGGAUAUGUGCAUGGAAGCAAGUGUGCCCCUUGAGAUAGCCCUUACAGUUGUUCGAUCUCUAGUUGAUGCAUUUUACAUCAUCCAGAUUUUUGUCCGGUUUCGAACUGCUUAUGUUGCUCCGUCCUCUCGUGUGUUUGGGAGAGGAGAGCUGGUUAUAGAUUCUACAAAGAUAGCCUCAAGAUAUAUGCAUAGAGACUUUUGGCUUGACCUAUUGGCUGCUCUACCCCUUCCACAGGUAAUGACAAACAACAAUCGAUCUUUUGAGAGGUAG